UGUGGACUUUUAGAAUAUUAUGACAGAAUAACAUGAGGCUUAGAUAUGUUUUUUUUUAAUUUAGGCAACAGUUGUAGGGUUAAGGACCCAAAGAACCCUAUUGCAGUUUGAUCUUCGCGGCGAUCGCUCGUACUUAACCGAAUGGAGCACAUCGUUCUUUAUGGGUUCCAAUCUCGUUGCAUGGGUAACCGCCUAUGAACAUACCCGUACUAAUUUCCGUUGGUUCACGACAUUUUUCUUCGGUGUUACUUGGGUAAUCGGUUACUCAGUAACAGCUCUUCUUGCGUACAUCUCCUCUACCUGGAGAACGAUGAUGCUUUGGGGAGCUGCGUCCACUUUCGUGUUCACUCUAUGGUGCUGGAGAUUUGUUCCUGAGACACUUCAUUUUCUUGUCUCCAAGCGUCGAGCUAAAAGCAUUGAAAAAUGGCUAAUCGGGAUCGACUACUCGCCUCCCUACCACACUGACAUAAGCGAUUUGAUCCAACCACAGCACUACGAAUGUUCGUCAGCAGACAAGACUUGCGACAACUUCAUCUAUUUCGGAUUGUCGCUCUACAGUACCAAAUUGGCUGGCAACACUUACGCUAAUUAUUUGCUGAUGGGUGUUGUCGAACUACCAGCAUAUGUGCUAUCGCCAAUUUUUCUGGAGAAAUGUGGAAGGAAGUUGGUCGUUUCUGGAACGCAUUUAUUGGCUUCGAUAUGCUUCUUACUGCCGGCCUUUUCAGUGGCCGAGACGUGGCUAUCGCUGUUUUGCUGGAUGCUCGGCAAAUUCUCGAUCAGCUGCUCUUUCAUGUCUCUUUUCGUUUACGCCAGUGAAGUCUUCCCUACUUCCAUACGAAAUGUCUCUGUGGGUCUGUGCUCAGUUCUUUCACGAGGAGGAGCAAUCGCCGCUCCGUACAUCAGUCUAUUGAAACCCAUAAAAAGCCAUUACCUGUCAGCCUGCGCCAGACCUCCGCGCAUUCGCCGGUUCUCCAACCCUCCUGAUGUCAUUUGGUCACUUCUUACUCAUAUCGCGAACACUCAUGUCACUCAUGGAUUUUCGUCUGAUAAACUGUGA